CUUUACAGCUAGGCUGUACAACCUGUGCUAGUCUGAUAAACUUGCUUUACAUAUUCCAACCUGAGUGGUGGGUGUCGAUAGAGUCCUUCACCAGGCCACACAGCAGCCGAGUGCAACUUCCUGAGCUGACGUAUUGACGUAAAGAUGGUCGAGGAGUCAAACAACGGCGUUGCAGACGCAAGUGUAGACGAUGGUGUCCAGUACUACAGAAUGGAAGACAUUAGAAAACACAACAUGAGUACCGAUACGUGGCUUGUCAUCCAUAACAAGAUCUAUGACGUGACCAAGUUCCUGGAAGAGCAUCCCGGUGGUGAAGAAGUUUUGCUGGAGCAGGCAGGAUCUGAUGCAACAGAGAGCUUCGAGGAUGUGGGUCAUUCAAUUGAUGCCAGGGAUAUGCUGCAGCAGUAUUACGUUGGGGAUCUUCACAUGGAUGACAGGCAAAAGGUGAAGGAUAAAAAACCAACAAGUAGACCAGACGACAGCAAAAGCUCCUGGAUAACUUGGUUAAUACCUGCCAUCGCUGCAACGGCUGUUGGCCUCAUGUACCGCCUCUACGCCGAGCACAGGUCCUCUUGAGUGCCUACUACUCUGCGUUUUUAUCUCAAACGUCCUGACUGGUGACCGUGACUGAGGACUGCCGCCUUCUUCUGCAUCAAGAAAAGUGGGAUAACUGAAGUGCUUAUAUCCACCUUUGCUCGUGCUGAGAAUUUAAAACAAUGCCUUCUUUUUAUUGAAUAUAAAUUCUUUUUUUUUCUUCAAUAUUUUCAUAAUCUCAUGCAUUAUCUUCUUUUUCAGCCAAAAGAUAAGUUGUAGACUUUGAACAGAGUUGUGAUAGCUACCAGUAGUUAUACAUUUGUGAACAUGUUUAUGCAAGUGGUUCAGUUUGUUGCUAAAUGUCAGAUGUUACUGGUGCUGACCGGAAAUGAGACGCCACUACCUACUUCCUUCAUAUUCUUUAGCAUAGCGCUCUGUGUGGUCAAUGGGGCGAAAUGCAGCUGACCUCAUGACAUUUAAAUGUUCAUGUAUUUAUUUUUACAACAUGCUAUUUAUGCAUAAUCAUUCAACAGGUCAUGUUAUUUUGAACAUCCGCACCAUGUACAUGAAUCACCACACAUUCCAUCUAUUACUUUUAAAAGCCAUUUCUUUAAGCAUCAUUUACAGCAGUUUUAAUUCUGGCCAAUAGAUUUUAAUGCACGACAAACACCGGAUUGUUGUUGUUGGAGUUGACACUCGGAGGCUGUGGGCUGGGCUGUUGGCCAUUUUCUUUUGUCCACCCCAGUUAGGAGCAAUAUGUAUGGAGGAGAUCAGCAGAAGAUUGAGACCAUUUCAAGUUAAUAAAAGAGUCCUAUAUCAGUUAUUGUGAUGCCUUUGUCAUGGGUCUCCAUGGUAUUUGCAGAUCAUGUUAUUAAAAUUUAUUCUGAGACACA